AUGAGUCUUUGGAAUGAAGCGCGCGACCAAUUUGUGCAGCAGCUACGAAGUGUGCCCGAAGAUCCCUUGGCCAUCGAGAAGUUUUUGCAGGACAAGGCUUCCGUCGAUGAUGCCCGCCGAGGCGUUGCUACGCUUCGUGAAGAUAGCGACCGCAAAUAUGGAAUGAAUGAAAGCCGCGGAAAAGGCGUCUCCGGCAAAUGGAUACGUAGGAUCAUGGAGAAUCUUAAUCAAAUCACGACCUUUGGUAAUGUGGCUAUGAUAGCCGCGCCUGAGUCGGUUGGGGUUGUCUGGUUUGCAGUUGAAAAGGUACUCAGCGCGAUUCAGAACGACUACAAUCUCUACGGCACUUUCAAUGUCGCCUUGCACGAUAUUUCAGAGAUGAUGGUCCUCGUACGGACUUAUGAUGAGGUUUUCCAGGAUCGAAGGGGGAAGGGGGAUGGGAGCAUUUUUCACGAGCUUUCCAAAAGCAUUCUUGAAGUCUACAUAUCCAUCUUAGACUUUUCCUACGCUGUCAGAAAGUAUCUAUCUGGUGGCAAGCGUGCGAAGAUCGGGCAUGCUUUGAAGGAUGUGGUCGGUGCAUCGAACAGACAAUUUGAGGGCAAGACAACCGCGCUUCAAGCCCAGAAGGCUAAAGUCAUCCAAUACUCGGAAGCAGCUUUCCAGCAAAAGACGAGCGAUAGCUUAGGGGAUGUCUCAGGCGAGCUUGUUGGCAUGCAAAAAACCAUGCGUGAUGUAUUUGAAUUUCACCAGCGGUCAUCGACAGAAAUGAAGGAAAUUCUGAGUGAAAUCAAAACAGCCAAUAGAGCGCCUACCCAUGGCGAACUCGCGGUCUUGGAGUAUGACAAGAACAUGCAGCGUUUGACACCAUGGCUAGACGCAGGUAGCGCGACCCUGAGCACACACGUCAAAGCCCGUGAAGAGGGCACUUGCACUUGGAUCAAAGAUGCAGCUUGCUAUACCUCUUGGCAAGAUGCUUCCAAGAGCUCCAUACUCUGCAUAAGAGGCGAGACAAGCUCCGGCAAAUCAGUCCUAGGUGCUUUCGUGUAUGAGACGCUCCGCAACGAACUCAGCAAUAGCAAAGACAAAAACACCUUGGUGCAGUACAUAUCGCAGGAUAUCAAGUCUACCGGUGACAUAGAGAAAGCCCUCAAACGAAUGGAAAACACCCUUUUGCGUCAGAUAUACGAGCACGCUCUGGAUGAUGUGGAUGAUGAUUUACUCCUGCAGCGCUGCAACAUUCUCUUCAGCCAUCCAAAGAAAUCCAAAGGCAGAGAUAAUCCGGGUCCUAGUACUACUGAGAAACCAAUUCUAAGUGGGGUUGCCGGUGGGCAAACCACUUUAGAUUUCUUAGACGUAUACCCUAGCCUUGUUGAAUCGCUUAAAAAGCGGAUAGUGGUGAUUAUUGACGGCGUAGACGAUCUUCUUGACGAAGACCAAGCAAAAUUUGCUGAGAAUCUAGUCAAAUUAAGGCAAGAGCCGGAUAUUCAUGUCCGUAUCCUCCUUCUAUGUCGACCAUCAAGCCCAAUCCGCCUGAAAUUGGGGGAUGAGACGACUCAGAUAACAAUGGCCGAUCACAAUUUGGAUGACAUCAGAUUGAUCAUUAGCAGAGGAUUGGAAAUCCUGCCUGGCCUAUCAUCAGACGAAAGGAGCGAAAUUGAAGCUGUAAUUACUCAGAAGACAGGGCAUCGAAUCAGAUAUGUCAAACAAGUAGCCCUCCCUUUUCUGCACACUCCCUUCCAACGCCCAGUCACAACAUGGCUGCAGUCUCUACCAGAAAAUGUCAACGAGACAUAUCACCAGCAUCUACGUCAGCUUGCUCCAAAUUAUUACGAUCUACUUCGCUUGGCUUUGAGCGUGACAUUUGUUGCGGAAAGACAACUCCGGAUAGACGAAAUAAUGGAAAUAUACUCGCGGAUGUACUUAAAUGACAGCACGACUGAUGAUCCGGACAAGACACAAGUGAAUUUGGAGCUUUACCGCAAACAGAUACUGAAAGCUGGAGGGCCAUUCUUGAAUGUGCGCGAAAAUAACCAAGUCGAACUCACUGAUCCUGAGGCAAUUCGCGAGUUUUGCCGUCCGAAACCGAAUAAGGCACACGCGGAAGACGCAGAGCGAUCGAUGUGCUUGAAAUGCAGGCAGAAUACGCAUACGGUCGAUGCGCUACCGGUAGAUGAAAGACAUGCACACUUAGCACUUGCCAUCACUUGCAUGAAACACCUCAAUUCUAAUACGUUCCAUGUCCGAUUCUUUGCCGAUUCGCUCGACGAAGCUAGAUCCCGGGUCGUGAAAGAGAAGACUGCUAACAAGGAUACGGUCUCGGACGUAAAUUUAGAGACCGCGGGUUCGCCGCAGAACUUAGCUUCUACGACUGAGUCAAACCAGCUCAAUGUAGCCCAAGCUGGCGAUUCCGACUCGAAAAACGAGCAACAGGAAGCACUUUUGGAAAUCCGGGAAGCUGCUACCUCCUCACCGAACGAAGUAAGUGACGAUGACUCCCAAUUCUCGGAUCAAGAAGGUGAUAAUGAAGACUUCGACCAAGCUGACAACGAUGACUGGGACGAUAAUUCUGACUGGUGGACUUCAAGAAGAUACGAGAUUACAAGUUGGUACUACAACAUACAGGAAGCUGAGCGUCUCUGGUCGCCCGACGAAAGAAAAUCUAGCCCAGAAUGGCAAGAGCUCUUGAAAGAACUUGAACGCUUCUUCCUGGACGGGACCCUAGCUUUUGAAGCUUGGAAAUUAGACUGGGUAAAUUACUCGUGUGAAAAAUGGGAGCCACUUCACUUUGCUGCAUGCCAUGGACUUAUGAGUGUAACACAGAUGCUCCUUGAUAGGGGGGCAAAGGUGAUGGGCCUCACACCCGAUGGCUGGAGCGCAUUACACUUGAUCACUCAAGCCCCGAAACCGAGUCAAGCUGCGAUAUUACGCCUGUUCCUACAAAAUGGUGGCGACCCUAAUGUUGACGGUGAACAGGAAUCCUGGGUCAUGCCGGCGUUCCAUCAUUGGCUGUACAACGGGGCUGACCCUGAAUGUGUCAAAGAACUGCUUCGUAGUGGCGCUUCAAAUUCUCUGACAAAUUCGCAGAAUCAAAAUGUAAUGCACUAUUUUGCUUUGGAUGGAGCUGAUCCGGAGGUGUUGUACCUUCUGCUGGACAAUCCUCUAGACGCCAAUAAUCGUGCAGAUAUCAAUGUCGAAGACGGCGACGGUGAGACGCCUUUACACAGGCUACUCUCUCGCCCAAAAGUCCCGAUCGACCUUCUUAGGGCGUUCCUUGCACGUGGGGCUAAUGUCAAUAUCGAUGAUAAACAGUCCGAGCGCCCUCUUUACGAAGCAGCUCGCUGGGGUGAGAACGAUGCUGUUGAAGCCAUUAUUGAGCAAGUGACAGACAUCGACGACGAUAGCAGAUGUGGACAAACAGCACUUCAUGGCGCGGCUCAUGCUGGCCAUAAAGAGACUGUGGAGUUGCUCUUGAAGCAUGGGUCUGACCCAAAUCGAAGAGACAAACACAAUAGGAGUCCUCUCUUCUUGGCCUGCCUGGGGCGAAGAGGGUUCAUUCCGGAGGAUGUCCAUCAGGAGACGGCUGAAUUACUGUUCAAUGAACAGAUGAGACGCCGAUCGGCUUUUCACGAUAUUAAUGUUUGUACCAAACGUGGUCGCACAACGCUUCGCGAAGCGGCAGGCCGCGGCUAUCUACAGAUUGUAUCAGGCAUCCUAGAGCAGAUGGCACCCGAGGAGAAGGUAUGGAUUGACAAGCGCGACGACCGAAAGCGGCACAGCCGCGUCGCACGGACGGGGGAAGUCAUUGAGAUCCUCCUCCAGCACGGUGCAAAUGUAUUGCUUCGGGAUGGUGUCGAUGGUAAAGGGAUGACAAGCCUCGAGAUUUGCCUGGAUAGAUGGGCUGUCAUAGGGUCCAAUCGUUACGAGAACGCCAUGGUUCGCCUCAUUGAUGCCUGCACAGACGAAGCAAAGGGUAAUAAACUUUUGCUGACCACAGCAGCCAUUCAUGGAAGCGUUCAGGUGCUGGGAAAGCUGGCAAAUGCAGGUGUCAAUCUAGACCUACCGGAUGCUUAUGGAUGGACACCGAGUCAGCUAGCCUCGCAAUUUGACCACUUUGAAGCGGCAGCAUUUAUCAGGGGGUCAUUAGCAAAGCGAGCGUUGCGACCAACUCAGUGGACCGUUGAAGGCGACGCAAAGAUCACAACAUUAGAGGACGAUGGCAGGGGCGUCAACCACGAAGAGUCCCCGAGAAUGUGUAUAUUAGCCGAUCACCCGGUGCCUGCUGGUCUGACAGCCUACUACUAUGAGAUAGAAAUAUUAGACGCCAAAACCGGGAAAUCGAUUGGUAAGAACGGCAUCAUGCCCCUUGAUCUUCACUUGCUGACCAGUAGGACAGACUCUCAGACUCAGGGGAAUGAAGACGAGCCGGAAAUCGCCAUGGGUUUUGCAACUGCAUCCGCCAAAUUGGUCGAGUUUCCUGGAUGGCCUCCAAAACCAGUUGCUCCGAAUGUGCAGUCAUGGGCCUAUCAUGCUGAUGAUGGAGCAAUUUGUGCUUCAAAUCGGAAGAAGUGGCCGUCCAGCUUUGAUAAGCAUUACGGACCAGGCGACACGGUGGGCUGUGGAUUGGAAGUUGAGGCAAAAAGAAUCUUCUUUACAAGAAAUGGUGUUAGGAUCGACGACCACGUCUUCGAAGAUUUCAACGGACGCGUCUUUCCAAUCAUUGGCCUAAGUGAGAAGAUGAAGUUGCGCACAAAUUUUGGUCUCGACCCCCAAAUGCCCUUCAAAUGGAAUCAGCAGGCGGAAGAAACCUCGAAGGAGGUAGGGGAGAAGCUCGUCAAUGGGACCGGCUCGUGA